UAAUCGAAAGCUAAACAACCAAGUUGUGUUUUCUUGUUUUUGACACAAACUUCGGAUAUUUGGCGUCGUGUGAAUUCGUGAACUUUCUAUUUCAUUAUUGGUUCGGAGGCGUUGGCUUAUAUGUGGACCAAAAUGGGCAGAAAAUCCAGAAAAUCGCCACUAAUUUUUAAAAAGUGUUGAAAAUGAAAGUCUUUCGUUUGCUCAUAUUGUGUAUAUUAUUCGUUCCUGGUAAUGAUGAUGAUGAUGAUAAAUAUGAAGUGUUAUUGAUGGAGGGAGAUUCAGUCACUCUACACACAGAUGUUAAAACAAACCAACAAGACAGAAUGACAUGGUAUUUUAAUGACAUCCGCAUUGCUCAAAUCCGUGGAAAUCAGAGUAAGAUCUGCACAGAUGAUCAGUGUAAAGAGGGAUUCAGAGACAGACUGAAGCUGGACAGUCAGACAGGUGAUCUGACCAUCACAAACACCAGAACUACAGACGCUGGAGUUUUCCAACUUCACGCAAUCAGCAGAAGAAUCAUUCAAAAGAUCUUCGAUGUUAGUGUUCGUGCUGUGUCUGGUGCAAAAACGGAUAAAACAAAGACCAAGUCAGCGAUGGAGGGAAAAUCUGUCACUUUAGAUCCUGGUCUAGAAAAAAAUCCAAACGAUUCGAUGAUAUGGUUUUUUGAUGACAAUCUCAUCGCCGAAAUCACUGGAGAUCAGAGUGAGAUCUGUACAGAUGUUCAGUGUGAUGAGAGAUUCAGAGACAGACUGAAGCUGGACAAUCAGACUGGAUCUCUGACCAUCAUGAACAUCAACUCCACAGACGCUGGACUUUAUACACUACAGAACAACAGCCGCAUCCACCCUCAUCACAGUAUCAUCAGUAUUAGACGAUUCAGCAUUACAGUCACUGGUGUGUCUGGUGUUGAGACAGAUGGAGUGUCAGUGUCAGUGAUGGAGGGAGAUUCAGUCACUCUACACACUGAUGUUCAAAUUAACCAACAGUACACAAUGAAAUGGUAUUUGAAUGACUUUCGAAUCGCUCAAAUCAUUGGAAAUCAGAGUAAGAUCUGUACAGAUGUUCAGUGUAAAGAGAUUUUCAGAGACAGACUGGAGCUGGAUCAUCAGACUGGAUCUCUGACCAUCAUGAACACCAGAACCACAGACUCUGGAGAUUAUAAACUACUGAUAAGCAGCAUAAAAAUCAUUCAAAAGAUAUUCCAUGUUUCUGUUUAUGGUGUGUCUGGUGUUGAUACAGGUGAAGAGUCAGUGAUGGAGGGAGAUUCAGUCACUCUACACACUGAUGUUCAGAUUAACCAACAGGACACAAUGAAAUGGUAUUUGAAUGACUUUCGAAUCGCUCAAAUCACUGGAGAUCAGAGUGAGAUCUGUACAGAUGAUCAGUGUGAUGAGAGAUUCAGAGACAGACUGAAGCUGGAUCAUCAGACUGGAUCUCUGACCAUCACAAACACCAGAACCACAGACUCUGGACAUUAUAAACUAAAGAUCGUCCGCAGAAUCCGCCGUCGUCACAGCAUCAGCAUCAUCCGCAUAAAGAGAUUCAGCAUUACUGUCAUUGAUUCAAGUCUGCCUUUAGGAGUUCUAACAGGAAUAUGUGCUGCUGCUGCUGUUGUUGUGCUGGUGGUUGUAACUGUAGUUUGUGUAAAGUGCUGGUGCUGCAGUAGAGGCCAUAAGAACAAUGUAGUUAAUGAUGUAUUGUAACCAGUGUUGGGGGUAACGCAUUACAAGUAACGCGAGUUACGUAAUCAGAUUACUUUUUUCAAGUAACUAGUAAAGUAAUGCAUUACUUUUUAAUUUACACCAAAAUAUCUGAGUUACUUUUUCAAAAAAGUAACGCCAGUCACUUUGUUUUCCCAUUUAUUGACUGACAAGUCUCCUGUCCCCAUGUUCGGAGAAAUCGGAAGUACAGAGGCGUUGUGUGCACUGUGUGAACAUGAUGUUCCUGUAGUUCUAGACUAUAUGUGAAUGUGCAUUAAUUCAUCCCACUCAAAAAAAAAAAAUAGAUUUAUUCAAAAUGUAUUCAUCAAAAUGAAUUAAAACAGUGAAAUGCAAACUCAGAAUAUGACGCAAACCUGCAAUAAUUGAAUAUGUUAAAUAACACAAAUGUAUCUAAUCUCAUUUUAUUAACCAAUGUCUUUGAUGCUGACCUUUGAUGAUCCAGUUUAACCAUACUAAUAAGCAAAAAUGACUUUAGAUGAACUAACAAUUGUGCUUCAUUGUUUUUUUUUUAUUGCUGAAGAGUGUUGAACCUUCUUCUCCUGCGUUCUACUGUACAGACGUGAAUUUACUUUUCCUCAUUACACUUUUUGGUGUGAAAGGGCUUUUAUAUUUGCUAUAAAUAGAAAUUCUUAUUUUAAAAACAAUCAAGCCCUGCUCAUAUUUAUAAAGUAACGCAAAAGUAAUGUAACGCAAUUAGUUACUUUUUUAGGGAGUAACGCAAUAUUGUAAUGCAUUACUUUUAAAAGUAACUUUCCCCAACACUGAUUGUAACAUAUACUGUGUAAAAUUUCUGUCUAAAUUAACAGUGGUGUGAAUUCAUUUUUGUAUCUGCAGGAUGUUAUGUCCCCGCUUUAGUGUCAUGGUGUAACAUAAAUGUACACCGUUAAAGCGUUAUCAUCACUGUGUGAUGGAGAUGAUUGAUCUUAAAUCAAUGAUCUUAAAAUUGUAAGGGCAUAAAAAGUCUUAAAUGGUACAAGAAUGUUUUCAAUUGAAUGUUUUCUCUUUCACUUUUUAUUUCACCUUCAGAAAAAUCUUAAUUACGAUUUCAAGAGGUUCUAAAUUUGAGGAACAGGAACCGUGAUAUGGUUUAAUGCGAGUAAAUUUUAAAAGGCUAUGAUUUCUUUGAAAUGCACAGUAUUCAUUCAAAGUCAAAACACAGCGCAUUUAUGUGAAUGUAUCAAGGGGAAUUGAAUUGUCUUCAGAAAAGUAUUAAUAGCCUUUUUAUUUUAUCUUAUAUCUAUAAUGCCUAGUAUCGUUUAGUAACGUUCCCAGGGAAGUCGCUAUAUUUCCGCCAUUGCAAAAGUGCCUCCUGCUGUCAGAGAAUGAAUUUGCAUUUUCAAUCAGCCCGUCUGCUGUUUCUGUUCAGAACAGUGUGAAAAUCAACCCAUACUUUUACGCAGUUGUAAAUGUAAACCAGUGAAUCAACAAUAAGCUGCUAAUGCAUUAUAAAAAUCUGAACAAUUAAGACACUUAAGAUAUAUUUAUGUUUUAAUUUUAUAUAAUAAUUGGUAUUUUUGAUUCAUCCCUUUUCUUAAAAAGUUUAGCACUUUAGAAAGCUCUUUGUCUUUAUGAAAACCUGUAUCUGAUUUUUUUGUUGUUGUUGUUGUUGCAGUCAUUUUACAGUUUAAUAAGCUCAUACGGUAUUCAUUUUAAUUGUGCAGGUCUUAAAAAAGCCUUAAAUUUUAUUUUAAAAAUCCAGAAAAUAUGUUUUUCGCAUGAAUACUCUGCUUUGCCAGGUCCAGUGUUUUGGUAGCACCAGGGUUAUUAAAGUAGACUAUAUAACCAAAACUAAAAUUACUUCAUUAUUUGAAAUAAAAUAAAUGUUAACUAAAAAAAUUAAUAAAUAAAUAAUCACCUCGCUGCCAAAGCAACAUUUGUCAUUUUCAUUGAGUUUAAUUUGAAUGUACUCAUUGUAAAUUGGUACUCAUUGUAAAUAGCCUCAAUAUAAGUACAUGAUAAAGCAUAUUAUUGUGAUGUAAAUGUUUAAGAAAAUUCAUUAAAAUUUUUAGAGUGAGUUUCUAAAAUAGUGUCAUUUACACAUAUACAGCAUUUUAGAAUAUUACAUCAUAACUAACUGGACAAUGAUGUUUUAAUUUUACAAACGUUUUGUUUUGUUGUUUGUUUGUUUUUUAGUAAGCUGCUUAAAUAUUGUAAAUGAUCAAUGUGUGAGACAUUUAUAUUUCUUGUUUUCUUUUUUACUUUAUAUGUUUUCUGGAAUUUCCUGAUUAUUUGCACUGCUGGUCAAAUGUUUGAAGUAUUUUUAUUUUUUAUUUUUAAGAUUUCUGUUCUGAUCAUCAAGGCUGUGAUUAUUUGAUGAAAAAUAACAGUAAAAACAGUAUUAUUGUGAAAUAUUAUUACAAUUUAAAAUGACCGUUUUCUAUGUGAAUAUAUUGUAAAAUUAAAUUAAAAGCUUCAUCAGCAUUACGCCGGUCUUCAGUGUCACAUGAUCCUUCAGAAGUCAUUCUAAUAAGCCGACCACUUCCAAAACUCAUCCACAGACUCAGACUCGGUACGAGUUUCCUCUCUUCUCAUGGUGACAGGUGUAUAGUCCACAUGCUCUUCCUCUGUAUCUUUCUUAUUCUGUAAAACAAAACAACAAAAAAAAGAAAAUCAUAUCUAAAUCAUAUUUAAAAUCAAUAUAUUUUAAAUAAAAAAGUGACAAAUUCAAAAUCA